AUGGAUCAAGUCAAAAAAACUGCCGCCAACAACACUCCUCAGCUUACGUUUGACAUCCAGAUAGCUUCAUACGGCUCCUCAGGCUCAGGUCAAUGGGAUAUCUGUAAGAAGGAAAUCUCAACGCAUCUGGUCACAAAGAUGGAUGAGAUGAGGAAGGCACAAGGCUAUUCCUCGAUGAUCCUUGAUGUCCACUUUGAGAGUUAUGACCUUGUUAAUGAAGGGGCCAAAGCCCAUGAACCAGAUGUCAACCAAUUAUCAAGCCUCAACCCCCAUACCAACCUAGACUUCAGUUCUUUCCCUGACCCAAAUGACCAUUCCCCUACCCAAGCUGUUUUUUCCUGGCCUCCAAUAUCUAGUUCUCAUCAAGCAAUCAUAAAAACCUCUCAAAAUGCUCAACACAACAACUUCAGAAGAUUCAAAUCCGAAGUCCACCAAUAUCUGCAGCUGGAAGCUCAAAGGACACAGCAGCACAAGAGCCAUGUUGAGGAAAUUGAUUCAACAUUCCAUCACCUUAAUCAACAUUCUUCUGCAAAAUUUCUCAGCAAUUACAAGCUCAAGGAAAGUGCUAAUGAGCUCUGGGUGGGCUCCAGGAAUUCAAACCACUUGUUGGAAUCAAGCUGCCAAAUCAUGGAGGCCUUUCAUGAUAGCUUGCUCCAGCAAACCAUUGCAAUCAAUCUGGAGUACAAAUUGAAAAGGCAGCUAUUUCCAACCCUACCAGACUCAUCACCCCAAAAAUCACAAUCCAGUUUUAUAAGUGUCAGAGAAGCAAAGAAGGAAUAUGACCCUGAGCGUGCCAAACGUAUCUAG